AUGAUGGUACGCCAUGUUUUUGCAGAAGUGUUUGUGGCCUCUGUCCAUGAUGCUCUUGCCCGGUCUCAGGGCAUUGGCGGAGAUAAGGACGUGGUGAAUGAUCUUAAGCUUUCCCGCGUCACCAAAGAUAUUGCCACGCCGUCAUUGUCAUCAUCAGCCGUAGUGCCACUGCCGUAUCCCCUCGGCAGGAGCACCCUGCAGGUUACCGGCAUGCAUGUUUCUCUACAAGAGAUGGAGAAAGGGGAGGGUCAAGGGACUGACACGGGUGACUUUGUUGUGUUGCUUCGUGCGCAUGUUAAAGGGAUGCUCGACAUCGACGCGCGCGUUUUUACGGUGGCGGCGAUGAAGUUCUGUGGCAACAACGGCACAGAGAGGGCCAGUUUGGACAAACGAGGUGCUAUCGAGGACCGCCGUUAUGCGGCGGGAAAGACAGCGGUCUUAUCCGCACCAAAGACGUUGUCGGGGAAGUUACACCAGUUGCCACGCACCGGCUUUGCCCAACUUGACCUCCGUCUGCAGAUGGAGGGGGUGAGUUUCUCCGUGCAGGUGCUCCCGGCGGGGCCGAGGUAUUCACGAUCGUCGACCUCCGUCAAUUCGUCGUCGUCAUUCAGAAACGGCAGCAGCGGAGGUGGCGGCUCUUUGAGGGUGAGGGUCGUGGGUGUGGUGUCACCGCUGCUGCUGUCAUGA